AAAAUAAUGUGCGGAAUUUUAGCAUUAUUAUUAGCCGAUUCAAACGCUUCAGCUAAUUUAGAAUUAUUUGAAGGUCUUCAACUUUUACAACAUAGAGGACAGGAUUCCGCCGGAAUCGUUACAUGUGGACCCAAAGGAAGAUUUUAUCAACGUAAAGGGAAUGGUAUGGUAAGAGAUGUUUUUGAUCAAAAACAUCUACAAAAUUUAGUUGGAAAUCUUGGAAUUGGUCAUGUACGGUAUCCCACAGCUGGGACUUCUUCACACUCUGAAGCACAACCAUUCUAUGUUAAUAGUCCAUAUGGAAUAGUAUUUGGCCAUAAUGGAAAUUUAAUCAAUACACAAGAGAUAAAAAAUUAUCUGGAUUUUCACACUCACCGCCAUAUAAAUACCGAUUCUGAUUCAGAAUUAUUAUUGAAUAUAUUUGCUAAUAAUUUACAAGCAACAAAUAAAGUUAGGAUUAACGAAAAAGAUAUUUUUACAGCCAUAAAAGGAUUGUAUGAGCGAUGUAUAGGUGGAUAUGCAUGCGUAGCUAUGAUUGCAGGUUUUGGUAUAAUUGGAUUUAGAGAUCCAUAUGGAAUUAGGCCAAUAUGUUACGGAAGAAGAGAAACCAUAAAAGGGACUGAUUAUAUGUUUGCAUCAGAAAGCGUAGUGUUAGAUGCAUUAGGCUUUACCGAAGUUAUAGAUAUAAAUCCAGGCGAAGCAAUAAUUAUAACAAAAACAGAAAUAACAAAAAGUCGAUUAAUUGAAGCAAAAAACUUUGCGCCGUGUAUAUUUGAAUAUGUUUAUUUCGCAAGACCUGAUUCAGUCAUUGAUGGCAUAUCGGUAUAUAGUUCAAGAUUAGUAAUGGGUGAAUAUUUAGCUGAUCAAGUUUUGAAAAAAUGUGGUAAUAGCAUGGAUAUUGAUGUUGUAAUUCCGGUUCCUGAUACUAGUCGUGUAGCGGCAUUACAAGCCGCUUAUAAAUUGAAACUUCCUUAUAGAGAAGGCUUUAUUAAGAAUCGUUAUAUUGGUCGUACAUUUAUAAUGCCAGGACAACAAAUGAGAAGAACAAAUGUUCGACGCAAAUUAAAUGCUAUGGCACUAGAAUUUGCAGACAAGAAUGUUUUAAUAGUUGAUGAUUCGAUUGUUAGAGGAACCACGUCAAAAGAAAUUGUUCAGAUGGCGCGUGAUGCUGGUGCCAGAAAGAUUUAUUUCGCGUCAUGUGCUCCUCCUAUUAAGUAUCCUAAUGUUUACGGCAUUGAUAUGCCAUCACGCCAAGAACUUGUAGCACACAAUCGUGAUGAUGAUUUAAUUGCCAAAGAAAUUGGUGCGGACGUUAUAAUAUAUCAGGAAUUAGAUGAUUUAUUAGAAUCAUGUAAAAAAUUUAAUCCAAAUAUUAAAUCAUUUGAUUGUUCAGUAUUUAAUGGGGAAUAUAUUACGGGAAAUGUUACAACAGAAUAUUUAGAACAUUUGGAAAAUGUUAGAAAUGAUGUGGCAAAGAGUUUUAAAGAUACUUUGCAUUCUUCUGAUACUACUGAUUUACACAAUAAUUUUGGUUUUAGUAGUAAAUCACAAGUGAAGUGUGGUUCUUUUUGGGCAUAUUAAAUGUAAUUGAGAAAUUUUAUAUGGCUUUUAGAUAUUUGUGUUAGACUUUUAUUAAGGUUUUUUUUUUUUGUUUUUUUUU